ACCUGUGUUUACAUUUAGCGUGCGGGUUUUCAACAUGUCCACUCUCCGCUUCGGGCAGCACCUCAUCAAGGCCUCGGCUGUCUUCCUGCAGACGGAGCUCAGCUUCGCUCUGGUCAACCGGAAGCCCGUGGUGCCGGGACAUGUGCUCGUGUGCCCCCUCCGCCCCGUGGAAAGGUUCCGGGACCUGCAGCCGGACGAGCUGGCGGAUCUGUUCCGGACCACCCAGCUGGUGGGCGACCUGGUGGAGAAGCACUUCAGCGCCACCUCGCUCACCAUCGCCCUCCAGGACGGACCCGAGGCCGGGCAGACCGUGAAGCACGUCCACGUACACGUCCUGCCCCGGCGGGAGGGCGACUUCCAGCGGAACGACAGCGUGUACGAGGAGCUGCAGAGACACGACCGGGACAGCGAGGACGCGUCCUCCGGGUGGAGGUCCGAGGAGGAGAUGGGUGCGGAGGCUGAGGUCCUGAGGAGACUCCUGCAGAGGACAUGAAGUGACUGGGACCACAGGGACAGAAGUCCUCAUGUUCACCUGGAACAAUAUGCACUAACAAUAUAAAGUCCUUUGUGUGUGUAGCAAGUUUCCUUUAUUACCAGGCUUUUGAAGUUUUAUUCAAAGUUCAUAAUUGAUAAUUUCGUUUUUUCAGCAAAUAUCUGUUAUUGUCACGAGUAAAAAUCCAGAUGAAGUUGAAUUUCCUUACAAAUAUCCUUUGUCGUCAGGGAUGUGAUUACAAAAAUCUAAAUAAACAAAAGAGGUUAUACUUUUUUACCCAGCAAAUAUUUCUUAUUGUCAUCCUUGUGACACAAAACCAAUCAACAAUUUCCAUGUGUUUCUGUACAGUUGUUAUUACUGACUUGAUGAUUUCUCCUGUUUUCUAGU